AUGGGCUCCAUUGACGGUUCCUCUCAACACCUUUCCGGUCUGCCCGACCCGACAAUCCAUAUCACCACGCAUAACACCUCUGGCCAGGCGGUACUUUACAGCUCCGAGAAAGCCCAAAUCACGGCAUUUCCAGAGCAUAAAUACGCCUCCGCUCCGCUUUACACGACGUCGGAAAUGCCACCUAGCCUAAAUGAUGAUGUCGACAUCAAGCUGCAUCAGGAUCGGCUUUCACGAGGCCAGUUGCCUGCCGUUUUGCCCAAGGGGACAGUCUGCCGCUUUGCAGAUUUUGCGCCAAACAGUAACGGAUUCAUGCAUCGCACGCAGAGUCUGGACUAUGGGGUCGUCAUGGAAGGAAAUGUAAUCCUGGAAUUGGACGACGGAAGUAAAACGCUGCUGACGCGUGGGGACGUAGCCAUUCAGCGUGGUACGAUGCACGCAUGGAAUAACCCCAGCGAUACAGAAUGGGCGAGGGUGUUGUUUGUGCUGCAGGAUUGUCUUCCGCUUAUGGUCAAUGGGAAGCGGUUCAAGGAAGACUUGGGCCAUGCAGCUGGUCAUGUACCAGGCAGUGGCAAUGACACAGAAUAA